AUGGACCCCACGGCCAACUGGCAGUCCUCCGGCGCUGGAGGCGUCUCGGACCUCUCACCGCCGAACCACAUGUACGCCGCGGGCAAGAUGCUCAACCAGCAACGGCAGGAACUCCGCCACGGCCUAGACCUAGGGCCGGAGCGUCUCGGUCUGGAAUUCCUCCUCGACCCUAGCCUCCGCGUCGGCAAGAUCCAGAGCGGGGCCAACGGCGCACAGGACUCCUCUCACUACAACCACGUCCCGAUGAAGCACGACUGGACCGGCGUGGGGCCAGUCUCUCACAGCCGCAGCCCGUCCAUCAGCGGCCCGACCGUUCACACCCCACGUUCGCAAACCGACCACGUGCCGCCGCCCUUACCCACCCCGUCAGUCCCUUCUGAGCCGAGAGCGCCGGCGACCUGCACAGCGGAGCUGAAGAACUGCGGCCCGACAUGCCCCCUUGACAGUCUCCUCCUCGACUUCCUCCACGAGCGUCGCCAAAGAGCCGCAGACGGCCUCUCCACGCAGGAAGUCAUCGGGCCGCGCUACCCCUCCGUGCUCUCCCUCCUCAACCCCUCAAACAGCAAAUACUCUCACCCGCUGUCGAAAGUCUUCACCGACAUCCUCGCCACGUUCCCCGACCUCUCGGCCCUGCCCCAGCGCACGGCGGUGCUCUACAUCAUGUUCCUCAUCAUGCGCUGGCAGAUCUCCCCGACGCAGGAGAACUACGACCGCCUCCCGGAGUGGGUGCGCCCGCGGCCCUCGCAGAUCCUCACAGAGCACCCGGCAUGGAUCGACCAUGUGCCCUUCCCCGCCAUGCGCGACAAGCUCUGCCGCGAGUACAACCCGCGCGAGUACCUGUUUGACAACUUCUUCGUCCCCUUCACCACUACUCUGAGCCUCAACUGGCCAUACGAGGAGACCGACACACUGCUGCAGGUCCCGGACUCGGACGAGGUGGUCAUCAACCCGGUAUUCGAGCGGCACCUCCGUCGUCUGGAGAACUGGACCCUCGGGCCGGCUUUUCACCAGACGUUCCCUAAGCUCGCGGGGACGUAUAACCUGAAGCUAUGA